AUGCCCGACCUGAUUCUAAGAGGCUUCAAGGAGCCACGGACCUCGGCUCCCGACGGCUUGGAUGACUUCAAGCAGCACUUUGUGGGCACUGUGCCAUUGCAGGCGACAGAUCUGUAUUUUAGCCUCCUCGUUUACAAAAUGAAGCCAGAAUUCCCUUCGAUCCUUGCUAUCUUUGAACAGGUAAUCUCUGCCCCAGACAUGAAAUAUAUUGUUUGGGACGAGUGGAAGAGACUCAUCCUUUCGAAUUCGAUGACUUUCAAAGACUCCGUCAUCCAUGAUAUGUGGCUCGUGAUGGACUUCCAGCGGUCUGGCAGGGUUUCGCUCACGGACUUCAUCGCAGCGUGGCACGUUCACGACGUGGAGAUUUCCGAUCCAUGGAUCGCCCAGUUGGCAGGCACGCUGCGCCUCGACUACUACGGCAUGAGCGCGGAGGAGGUGCAGGAGCGCCUGCGCGGCUGGGACGGCAGGCUGGACCUCGCCGAAAGCGGCGCCGACACCGGCCUGGAGCGCCUGGACGCGCACAGCAGGCGCACAGACGGCCGCGCCGAGACGGAGGACCUUCCGGUCCAGAAGGCGCACAGGAAGGCUUUGCUGGACAGAGUCUCUCUCAACGAGACCGAGUACCACGAGGUCGGGGGCAGCGAGGAUGGCGAUUCCGACGCGAGCUUGCAGAGCUUCGAGCUGUCGGAGUGGAGUGAUGAAGAGGUCGCAUUUGACGCACAGGCGAUCCGCCAUCGACAACGCGAGGCCGAGAACGCGAUGAAUUCGGACUUGCAUAAGAGAAGGAUAAUCGUGGAUAGUGAUGCGGCUAUGAAGAAAUUAAUGGAAUUACCACCCGAUGAAUUUAACAGGCAGAGAGACUUGCAAGGGAUGGGCGAGGCUCUGGCAUUGAAACAGCAGGCAAAAAAGUCGAAUGAUACAACAUUUGGCGGUUCUUCAGGCGUAGACGCAGGUGCCGGCGUCGGUAACGACACCUUCGCCGUGCGACAAUCCCUCCGCGAGGUGUACCGAAGUAUGCCUAUGCCAGACUUCCUUGGAUUAGUGAAUUUAUUGCUGCGGGGGCUUCAGACGAUCAAGCACUCGCAAUUCAAUAAUGAUACUUACUGGCACGUUCGCAAUCCUGCCUUUGCGCACGCCAUGGGCACGGAGGGCACGAACAUGUACACGCGGCGAUUGUUGAUGCAGAUGGGGUUCGCAUUGAUCAACGAAACGUACUGGGUCUGGCCCAGCGCCCACUUGGACAUGAAGGCGACUUCGUCUUGGGGCGUCUGCGAGGUGCCUUACGACUGCGCUGGCAGGGAGCCAAGACGGCUUGAUGACAUGAUCGAGUUGCUCAAGAAUUGCCAGAAAGAGCUGCGCCAGAACAGCACCCAGUUCAACGGCCACUUCAAGAUAACACGGGAGUGAGCGUUGGCGCAUGCAGCAGUGGGUGCACGCAGCAGUGUCGUGUGGCGUGGCUGCAA